CAUAAUAAUGGCAUUUCCUGGAUGUGAGUCUUCUGCAUAUGAACACUGAUGACACUAAACAAAGUUGUAAUAGCAGGAUGUUUGUGUGCUGGUAACAAGUGACAGCUUUAUCUGUAGGAGGAGGGUGGAGUAAUUUUGGUAUGCAAAUUAAUUCUCUGUGAAGGGUAUAAAUACUGACAGAAUCAUAUCAAAUCAUUCUCUAAUCAAUUAUUCACACCAAAGAAAAAUGGAAACCUUUUAUACUCUGGCUUUAAUUACAGGAAUUCUAGUUGCUUUUGUACUACUGGUUUUAAUUGCAACUUAUCAUGAUUCCUUCAAGAUAGAGACUUCUGAUGUUGACCAGCCACUAAAGCUCCGCUUAUAUCACUACACAUUUACUCUGGUGGAAAUUCUGGCAAUGAAAUUAGAAAGUUUGGGUAUCCUUGAGGAGCAUGUAUUUAUGAGGCUGAUUGCUGAUGGACUGCCAGCAUUCAGGGAUUCAAAGCUCUUCACCAAGGAUCUGCGUUUUGAUGAAGUACCAGUGAGGAUUUACCUCCCAAGAGCACCAUCUGAGAGCAAACGGAGAGGAGUCAUCUUCUUUCAUGGAGGAUGUGGGAUGUUUGGAAGCAUCAGAACUGAUGAAAGGUUAUGCCAGUACAUAGCCAGAGAAUCUGAUUCAGUGGUUGUGUCUGUUGGGUAUCGUUUAUCUCCUGAGUUUAAGUACCCAGCCCAGUCUCUGGACUGUCUCACUGCUACUGGACACUUUUUGAAGACUGCAGACGACUAUGGGGUGGAUCCCAAUCGGAUCAUUGUUUGUGGGUUUAGUGUAGGGGGCACUUUUACUGCUUAUGUUUGCCAAGAACUGCUCAACAGAAAAGAUAUCCCAAAGAUAUGUGCCCAGGUACUAAUCUGUCCAUUUCUCCAAGCACUGAACCUUCAGCUGCCAUCUUACCAGAAAAAUGCUUUCACUGCCAUCUUGUCCCAGAAACGCUUAGCCCGUUUUAUUCUGAAGUACUUGAAUAAGGAUUGCUCUAUGGCAGAAGCUCUUUUGGCAGGUUCUCAUGUUCCUGAGAGUAUGAAUUUGAAAUACAGAAAAUGGAUAAAUCCAGAUCUUAUCCCAGAGGCACUGAAACUUGGCUAUAAACCACCGCUACCCACUUCAUUUUUACCUCAAGUCCAUGAAGAAAUAAAAGAACUGUGGGAGACAAGAUUUUCCCCACUGUUGGCAGAAGAUGCUGUUGUUUGUCACCUACCUGAUGCUUGUAUAAUUACCUGUGAGCACGAUGUGCUCAGAGAUGAUGGAUUGUUGUACAAGAAACGUUUAGAGGACAAUAACAUAAAAGUGACCUGGUACAACGUGGAAGGAGGCUUCCAUUGUUCACUGGGAUUUUUUGCUUAUGGCAUUUUCUCUUUUCCAUCAUCAAAUAAAAUAGCAAAUCACAUCUUAAACUUUAUAAAAUGCUAUUAA